AUGAUGGAGAACCUGGUGAUAGCCAAGGCGCGGGAGGAGACCCUGCAGCGCAAGGUGGAGGAGCGGAGGCUGCGGCUGCAGGAGGCCGCCAACAGGAGGUUCUGCGGCAGCGCGGCCCUCACCCCCGAGGAGCAGGAGCAGAGAGCCCUCUACGCCGCCGUGCUCGAGUACGAGCAGGACCACGACUGGCCGCGGCAGUGGAAGGCCAAGCUGAAGAGGAGCCCCGCGGAUCCCGCCGUGGUGGCCGGGCUCUUCUCCUGCCUCCUCAG